CCCAGGAGCCUGCAUUCACUAUAUCUGGUCUCCCACAGACCCUGCAUUCACUAUAUCUGGUCUAGCACAGACCCUGCAUUCACUAUAUCUGGUCUCACACAGUACACACAACAUGGAAAUGCAAUUAUUUUAGAAAAUAUAAACUGCUAAAUACCUUUUUCUUAUCAGCAGUUAGAGCAGUCUUGUGACUUCUAUCAGUAUUCAGGAGAGCACUGGUUAAAGCUUUUAGGAGGAGUUUUCAUUUUCCCCU